CAGUCGCAACUCAGAAGCAAUCCUAGCCAGACAAGUGCUACAGCUACAGAGGAGCAGAGACGGAGUACACCGAUGGCUCUCCUGAGAUCCUUGCCAGCUUCCCGGAGUAGCUGCCUAACAAGGACGUGGCCAAGUUCACCAUCUCCGUGGACGAGAAGAACACCCACGUGGGAUUUGCCGCCGAGCGGGAUGCAAGAACCGCUACGGAUCCGCCUUCGACUAUCCCAACCUGUGCAAUGCCUAGGAGAUAUACGACUUUUACUUUUCUGAAAUAAUAUAUUUAAAAUCUUAAAGUAACGGCUUUGAAUUUCAAUCAGCUGUUUUUCCAGCAAGUGGGCAGUCCCUUUUGGGGAAAUUGGAGUACCCUAUAAUUGGGGUAAAAGGUAUAUAUUUUCUUGUACAUAUUAUCAGUCCAUGUAUAAAUUAAGUUCAAAAGAAAACAAGAAAUAUUAGUCUAUAAAAACCUCGUAUAUUGCAUAUGGAAGUCUGUAAUUUUAUGACACAAAUGUUUAAAUAUAAAUGGUUAACUUUAUGGUGCUAAAAAUCAAAUACAGGGUAUCCUUCCAACGGCUAUCUCUCCCUCACAAGUCUCAUUUGUUUUCCGUAUAAGUUUUUUAGCCGGCUCGAGAUGUUACGCGAAGCUUUAAGGAUCGGCAGCCGGCGAUGGUAUAGCUACAAGUCAGUCCGUCGCCCGAAUCUGGCUGCCACAGGUGCUGCCAAGGUGGAGCCGGCGAAGGAGCAACCGGGAGCAUCCUCAACGGUGGAAAACGGAAAUGGCAGCCUGGCCAAGCAGCUGCGGGCCAAGAUUCUUGCCACCGGACCCAUACCCGUGGCGGAAUACAUGCGCGAGGUGCUGACCAAUCCGCAAGCUGGCUACUACAUGAACCGGGAUGUGUUCGGCCGGGAGGGUGACUUCAUCACCUCACCGGAAAUAUCCCAGAUCUUCGGAGAGCUCGUGGGGAUCUGGCUGGUGAGCGAGUGGCGCAAGAUGGGCAGUCCCUCGCCCUUCCAACUGGUGGAAUUGGGACCUGGUCGCGGCACCCUGGCCAGGGAUGUGCUGAAGGUGAUCACAAAGUUCAAACAGGACGCCGAGUUCUCCAUGCACAUGGUGGAGGUUAGUCCAUUUCUGAGCAAGGCGCAGGCACAGCGCUUCUGCUACACCCACAACAUCCUGCCCGAGGACUCGCAACUGCCCCAUUACCAAGUGGGAACCACGGCCACGGGGACAAAAGCCUUCUGGCACCGCCGACUGGAGGAUGUGCCUCAGGGCUUCUCCCUGGUGCUGGCCCACGAGUUCUUCGACGCCCUGCCGGUGCACAAGUUGCAGCUGGUCGAUGGCAAGUGGCAGGAGGUGCUCAUCGAUGUGGCUUCUGGUGGGGCCAAGGAUGCAAAGCAGUCUGACUUCCGCUAUGUCCUCUCACGCAGCCAAACGCCCGUUUCCAGUGUUUUCCGUCCCAUGCCUGGCGAGACGCGAUCCUGUCUGGAGUACUCCCUGGAGACGGAACGCCAGGUGGGACUCCUGGCCGAGCGCAUUGAACGGGAUGGCGGCAUCGCCCUUAUCAUGGACUAUGGACAUUUUGGCGAGAAAACCGACACCUUCCGGGCCUUUAAGCAGCACCAGCUACACGAUCCCCUGAUCGAACCGGGAAGCGCCGAUCUGACGGCCGAUGUGGACUUCAAGCUGGUGAGGCAUACCGCGGAGACGCGCGGAAAUGUCCACUGCUGCGGACCCGUGGAGCAGGGCCUGUUCCUGCAGCGCAUGCAGGGAGAGGCUCGUCUGGAUCAACUGUUGGCUCACGCAUUGCCUGAAAACCAGCAGGUCAUCCGCUCUGGCUACGAGAUGCUCACGGAUCCCGCGCAAAUGGGCAGUCGCUUUAAGUUCCUGGCCAUGUUCCCCGGCGUGCUGGCUACCCACCUUCAAAAAUAUCCCGUCGUCGGAUUCAGUUAGUGAUUGCAGGUUAAAGAUGUGUUUGUUAAGGACUUAAAUAUGUUGCACAUGAUUGUUAAACAAAAUACGAAUGUUAUUUCUUCUGGAA